AUGUUGGAAGAUGUGGCGAUGUUGGAGGACAGGCAGAUGCUGGAAGCCCUGGAGAUGCUGGAAGACCUGGAGGAAGACGUGGAUUUUCAGGAAGGUGUGGAUUUUCAGGAAGGCGUGGAUUUCCAGGAAGAUGUGGAUUUUCAGGAAGACAUGGAUUUUCAGGAAGACAUGGAUUUCCAGAAAGGUGUGGAUUUCCAGGAAGAUGUGGAUUUUUGGGAAGACUGGUAUUUUUGGGAAGCUGUGGAUUUUGGGGAAACUGAAGAUUUUUGGGAAGACGUGGAUUUUCAGGAAGACAUAGAUUUUCAGGAAGACAUGGAUUUCCAGGAAGCUGUGGAUUUUUGGGAAGUUGCAGAUUUUUGGGAAGAUUUGGAUUUCUAAGAAGACAUGGAUUUCUGGGAAGACAUGGAUUUCCAAGAAGACGUGGAUUAGGAAGACGUAGAUUUUUGGGAAGACGUGGAUUUUCAGGAAGACAUGGAUUUUUGGGAAGACUUGGAUUUCUGGGAAGACUUGGAUUUUCAGGAAGACGCGGAUUUUCAGGAAGAUGUGGAUUUCCAGGAAGACGUGGAUUUUCAGGAAGACAUGGAUUUCCUGAGAAGAUGUGGAUUUUGGGAAGACUUGAAUUCCCGGGAAGACAUGGAUUUCCAGGAAGACAUAAAUUUCCAGGAAGACCUUGAUUUCCAGGAAGACAUAGGUUUUCAGGAAGACGUGGAUUUCCAGGAAGACCUGGAUUUUUGGGAAGACUUGGAUUUCUGGGAAGACAUGGAUUUCUGGGAACACGUGGAUUUCCAGGAAGACGUGGAUUUUCAGGAAGACGUGGAUUUCCAGGAAGACUUGGAUUUUCAGGAAGAUGUAGAUUUUCAGGAAGACGAAGAUAUCCAGGAAGACUUGGAUUUCCAGGAAGACCUAGAUUUUUGGGAAGACUUGAAUUUCUGGGAAGACAUGGAUUUCCAGGAAGACGUGGAUUUACAGGAAAACCUGGAUUUCCAGGAAGACGUGGAUUUUCAGGAAGACGUGGAUUUUUUGGAAGACUUGGAUUUCUGGGAAGACGUGGAUUUCUGGGAAGACUUGGAUUUCCGGGAAGUCGUGGAUUUUCAGGAAGACGUAGAUUUUCGGGAAGACUUGGAUUUCCAGGAAGACAUAGAUUUUCAGGAAGACGUGGAUUUCUGGGAAGACCUGGAUUUCCAGGAAGACCUGGACUUUUGGGAAGACUUCGAUUUCCGGGAAGACAUGAAUUUCCAGGAAGACAUGGAUUUUCAGGAAGACGUAGAUUUUUAGGAAGACGUGGAUUUUCAGAAAGACAUGGAUUUUCAGGAAGACGUAGAUUUUCAGGAAGACGUGGAUUUCCAGGAAGAUGUGGAUUUUCAGGAAGACGUAGAUUUUGAGGAAGACGUGGAUUUCCAGGAAGACGUGGAUUUCCAGGAAGACCUGGAUUUUUGGGAAGACUUGGAUUUCCAGGAAGACGUGGAUUUUCAGGAAGACUUAGAUUUCCAGGAAGAGCUGGAAUUUUGGGAAGACUUGGAUAUCUGGGAAGACGUGGAUUUUCAGGAAGACGUGGAUUUUCAGGAAGACAUAGAUUUUCAGGAAGACGUGGAUUUCCAGGAAGACGUGGGUUUUCAGGAAGGUAGAUUUUCAGGAAGACAUGGAUUUCCAGGAAGACCUGGAUUUUUUGGGGAAGACUUGAAAUUCCGGGAAGACGUGGAUUUCCAGGAAGUCGUCGAUUUUCAGGAAGACUUGAAUUUUUUGGGAAGACUUGGAUUUCCGGGAAGACAUGGAUUUCCCGGAAGACAUGGAUUUUCAGGAAAAUGUUGAUUUUCAGGAAGACGUAGGUUUUCAGGAAGACGUGGAUUUCCAGGAAGACA